UGGCUUUUCUAUUGUGUCUGCCAGUGGAUGUUGUGUUUGUUUUUCUGAAUAGCAGGCCGAAUUUGGAUCCAGAGCACACAACAGAUGGAUAGUGACUCAAUAAGUUUGUCUCUUUGAAAACUCUAAGUCAAGGGUGAUUUACGGCAUUGGAUUAAUUUCUUCUAUUAGUAACUCUUCAACAUCUGUGGUAUCAACUUGAGGCCCCGAAAUAACCAGACCAGAAAAAGACCCAGAGAAAGGGUCAGGAAGUAAGUUCAGAGCAUCUCAAGAGUCCGUCUGCAGUAGGUGUCUCACUCCAUCCCUCCACAUAAGACUACUUUACAGCGCAAUGGAAGGCACCCGGACUUCUCUCUGUCUGUUUCUCCUGCUCAACCAGCUGUCAUUCUGUCCUACUGAUGCCGACCGAGACCAAUCAACCAUGCAGCCGUAUUCGCACAAAACAGAAGAUCAAGGAACCAGCUCAACCCCUGCUGUGGAGCCCAGCCUCACUACCACUGGCCACACAAACUCACCUGAUACAGACACCAAUGGCACUCGUGCCAAUUGCUUGAUUGACACAGAGAUGGGUCUGAUUGCUAUAGGUUCAGCAGGGGGGCUGAUUUUCUGCCUGCUAGUUGCCACCAUGGUAUUGGCAUGCCAGGUCUGCCUCAUUCAAGGCCGUGUUUAUGCCCCACGAACCUCCCGGUCCAACAUGGACUUUGUGAGCGGUACGGGCUACUGGGGCAUUGACCGGCCGGAGGUCGGAGGACUGGUUGGGCCGUGUGAUGCCAGUGUCAUGCUCGAGGAGGUGAAAGAAGACAGCAAGAUGGAGAAAGAGGGACAGGCUGAAAUACGACAGACAAGGGAGGAGGCUAGGGCAGGACUUGAGGAAGGGGCUACAACAAUGGCUUUUGAUCCUGAAGGGAAGGCUUAUCAGAUGCAGAGCUCCAGCUCCAAGGACUCCAGUCUGGAGGUUCCCAGGGAUCUAGAGGACAUGCCCCUUGUUGUGUAAGGAGGUAUCACAAACCAGUUAGUUCAACUGUUGUGUUGUGGUUUAACUUGGCAUUUUUAUUGGCAUGUAUUAUUAAUGUUCCUUUUCCAAUCCAUUUUACCUCACAGAUAGUUUGAAAUUUGGUAUACUGGUGCAGAUACAAUACCUUAGUUAUGGUACCCAUACCAAAAAAAGAUUGACUGAGAAAUAUAAAUACAGUUUAAGAAAAACCACUCAAGAAAAAAAGCCAAAGUUCUCAAAUGGUAUAGAUCUAGUACCAUAUAGUUUAAAUCUGGCAAAAAUAAUAAAUUUUUCUAACUAUGAGGAGGUUUACAAAUCUUACAAUGCAUUCAAUGUCAGUUUUGGGUACUCAACAUUUGUAUUCAGUGCUAUAGACAUUUUGUUCAGUACCAAAAAAGUAUUGUGUUUCAAUACCCAGUCCUAGUAGUGUGUAUACCAUUUUGACGUAUGACGCUUCAAGUGGAAUUUGUUAAAAUAAUUACUAGAAAAUAGCAUAUAAAAAGACUAGAAAAUAUUUAAGUCAAGUCAAUGUAAUUUAUAUAGCCCAUUAUCACAAACAUUUGACUCCAGAGGGAGCAUCAGACACCCUCUCUCCUUAGAAAAGGGGAAAAAAAUAGAAGAAACCUCAGCUAGAGCAGCUGGGGAUUUUUUUAAAUAAUUAUAAAUACUUGAAAUAAUGAGAAUAUUUGAUUUUUUGUGAUGAUGAUGAUAAUAAUAAUAAUAAUAAUAAUAAUACAAAUAAUAAUGCUGCUGACUGUACUACUUCACUAUUCUUCCUGGCCAAGUCUUUGGUCAAGAUGUAUUGUUGGCCAGCUUAUUAUCAGACACAAUAAACAAAUAUUUUAAUAAAGAGUGAAGUGUACAUUUUUCACGAUACUUAGUAAAGUAUAACUUUUAAACAUCUAACAUGUUAUCCUACAUAUUUAAUAUUUACUGUAAGACUGCUUAAUUUGGCUAAAUUUUCUGGUUUUACAACAUAAAUGAGAGGACACAAUACAUUUAAUAAACAGACAAAAAGGUAGAUCAACACACUUUUAAAAGCAUCAAAGAUAUCCCAAGACUAGAUAUGACACCAGGGACCUUAAGUGCUGCCAUAACCAUGUCGAAAUGUCUGCUAAUAGUCCUUGUUGUAUACAUCGGUGUUAAACUUUCCUUUUGUCUGUGAUAUUUUACCUGUACUGCAGACUCCAAUACUACUGUUAAAAAAAAAAAUGAAACAGAGCCUGUUAAAAUGUCAGGUUUUAAAUAAAAGGAUUGCCUUGUGUUUGAAAUCAA